AUGCCGGUGCUACGUCGGGUCAGAGGAAAGACAGCCGAGCAGGUCGCCGAGCAGGGAGUGAAGAAGGAGAUCCAGCCUCAUGUGAAGAUCGAGAAAGAAGACGACAAGUUCCCUAUCGUCGCAGGCGAUGUCCCUCGCCAGACGAAGAAGAAGGGCGGUCGAGUGAAGAUCGAGAAGGACGGCAAGAAGGAGAACAAGGUUUACAAGCGCCGUGUCGAGACAGACAUCAAGCGUUCUUAUGACCAACUUCAUUCGGAGCCGACGCACGAUGAAAUCGCUGCCGGCACUGAGAGCAUUCGAAAGGAACUCAAGGUUUCUGUUGGUGCGCGACUUCGAAUGUCGCCUAAGCAGGGCCAGGACGGUGCGCCAAUCGCUUGCAAGGCUGGGAGACAAAGCUUCAUUACUCUCAGUGUGAUGGAAGCCGAGCUAUAUGCUGCAACACAAGGAUGCAACUUCCUGGACUCAAUUGGCGCUGUGCUGGAUGAGCCGGUUCCAGGCGUUUACAAGAGUGUGCUGGCGAUCGACAAUACCGGCAGCGAUGUGCAGUGGAGGCUGGAAAGGUUGCGCACCAGUGGCUGCUUAGGCGGCACUUACAAGAAGGACAGCGCGACUGGAGCAAGUGAGGACUUUGGCGUCGCAAGCCCCCCGAACUCCGAGGAUGACUACACUGAGAAGACGGAACGAAGUGGUCCUGGGGACAGACUUCCAAUGGCACGAGACGUGCCCACGUUCGAGAACUUGGCUGAGAGGCUGAAAGACUACUUCGGAGCUGAGGAGCCUCCCUCAGGGUCUAUGCUGCCAUCGACAAGACAGCUUCGCUACGUCCUCUACAUUUGGCGACAUUGGAAUGUGUCUGGUCGACAUCACCUGGUUUGGGGUGAAGUGAGUACCAGAACGGAGACCUCCAGGUGGAUGGAGAAUUGGAGGAAAGCUUGA